AUGGAGGACUUCACAGAAGUCCAAAUCUCAGCCACAAACCCAGAGCAUCAUGACGGUUUGGAAGUUUGCGAGAAUCUCUAUCACUUCUGUGGAAAUGCUUUGAAGAUCAGUCGAGACAAAUACCCUUCCUUUGGGUCCUAUGUCUGGGAAGCUGGACUUGUUCUCUGCGAGUACUUCGAGAAGGAGAAAAUGUCUUUCACUGGGAAGAAGGUGAUUGAACUGGGCUCGGGCACUGGCAUUGUGGGCAUUUUAGCCGUUCUCCUCGGUGGAAAUGUGACAUUUACAGAUCAAACUUUCAUCCUGAAGAAGAUGAAAUAUAAUAUUUCCGUCAAUAUCCCACCUUGGUUAACAAAUCAUACAAAAGUCUGUGCUCUUUCUUGGGAUGACGAUUUGAGUUGUUUCCCUACAGACUACGAUGUGAUCCUGGGAUCAGACAUUGUGUACUCCAGCUCCUCCUACCCCUCACUUCUUCAGACACUGCAACAUCUCAGCAACCACAGUACCACCAUUUACAUCUCUUCUGAUGUUCGGCCUGUAAAUGAGUGUAAUGUUUUCCAUGCGGAAAUGCUGCCUAAACACUUUCAUUGUGAGCGUGUCCAUCAAAGUGGCAAUAACAGGAUCCAUGUGUACAAAUUAACUAAGAAACAGCACACUGGAGAUAAAGAGUUAGUGUGGAGUGAGGACGCCAUUAACAUGGGUCUUCGUAAGUCUUCUGAUUGA